UGUGAACCAGGAAAAGGAAGAAUGCCGAGGCACCAUUUUAAACCGUUGGAUCGGUAGCAUGAUAAAUGCGAGGUGAAAACAGCCGCUGCGGUUUUGGCCGGAAGGCGAAGAGAGCGCGCCCCAGAUGCGGAGAUAUUGUUUGCAAUUGGAUCGUACAGAGCCUAAAAACUUCUAAAGCUGAGAAGACAGAAAAUGAUGUCUUUGGACAAUUUUCACAGGACAAUCCGGAGCCCAGUUGUUCCAUAUGCUGGGACCUUAAUUGAUGGUCUUUCACCUGGAGAUCUUGUAAUAGUACAUGGAUUUGUUCCUGAAGAUUCAGAGAGGUUCCAGGUGGACUUUCAGUGUGGCAACAGUACAAAACCUCGUGCUGAUGUAGCCUUUCAUUUCAACCCUCGGUUCAAAAAAUCCGGUUGCAUAAUUUGCAAUACCUUGCAGAAAGAAAGAUGGGGCACAGAAGAGAUCACUUAUGAGAUGCCUUUUGAAAAAACAAAGCCUUUCGAGAUAGUUUUUAUGGUUCGCCAUGAUAAGUUCCAGGUGUCCGUUAACAGAAACCAUUUGUUGCUGUAUAAACAUAAGAUCAAUCUGGAAAAAAUUGACACUCUUGCAAUAUCUGGAAAAGUGAAAGUUACAUUGAUUGGAUUUGUUUCCAACAAGGAAGAUGUACCUAAUAGCUCACAGUUUGUAAUUCCUUAUUCAGCAAAACUUAAUUAUUCUGUUGAGCCUGGACGAACAAUUGUUGUCAAAGGAGAAGUUAAAGAAAAAGCAAAUGGCUUUGCAAUUAACCUUAAGUCCAGUGAGUCAAGUGAUAUUGCUCUUCAUUUGAAUCCCCGAAUAAAAGAUAAUGUUUUUGUGAGAAAUUCUUACCUGUUCGACAGCUGGGGAGAAGAAGAAAGAUCUAUUGCUCAUUUUCCUUUCAGCCCAGGAAUGUACUUUGAGCUGAUAAUUUUCUGCAAAGAUCAUCAAUAUAAUGUUGCUGUCAACGGCAUCCAUAUCCUAGAGUACAAACAUAGAUUUAAGCAGCUUGACAAGAUCUGUAUAUUGGAAGUCUUCGGGGAUGUUCAACUCCUAGAUGCAAAAUGUUGGUAGUUGUGCAGUUCCUGUGUUUUGUCAAUAGCUUGCAGAGAAUCAUCUUGAUGUAACCAACAAAGGAAGAAGAUUGCAGAAAUCUGUGUGAUCACUUAAAUUAACUAAAGUACUGUAUCUAAUAACUAACCAUAAAAUGGUCUAACAAUUUAUAGUUUACUAACUACGGAGAUUGUGCCUAUGUAAAUGACAUAUUUGAAGGACACUAUGUGCUUUUACAACGUUCUAGUGUUCAUAGUGAAAGACUUGAUUCUCAAGGCACACACCGAUUAGAUUUUUAUAAAGCUUAUGAAAUUAAUGAUUAAUACGAUUAUCCUUGAAGUAUAUUCUGAUGUUACAGCUGGAAAAUACUGUUACAAGCACCAGUAUUAAAUUGCAAACCAGUACAUAUAUAACUGGAAAAAACCUCCAUUAAACUUAGUAAGAAUUGCCUCAUCAGUGUUCAGUAAAAUUAGUAGGCUUCCAUGCAUUUCUGGGUAAUAUAUAACACGUUUCCAUUAUGACUGUUUAUCUAGGCAGCUGUUUUUGUAUCUCAAUCUACUGCCUAGCAUUUUUUUAAAAAUCUAUGUUAUCAAAAAUAUCUGUAAACAGUUCCGAUAUGUUCAGAAUCAAUUAUAAUUUUCUGCUGAGCUUUAUGGAGAAUGUAUGGUUUUCCAAUCUAUAAUUAAAAUUCUGAAAGUGCAAAGCAA